UAACCCCGUCCUGACUUGACCAAGCAAACACGGCGUCCUCACGCGCUGCGCGGUGUGCAGAAAGUUAGCGUCAAACAAACUUUAUCUGCCGUCUGAAAGACCCUCCACAGGUGCCCACCAGCCCCUCAAGGAGCUCUCUAGACAUCUAUGCGGUUGCUUUAACUGUCAAUUCGAUGUCGCAGUGGACGAUUUUCAGCCAUUCUGACUAUAUACGCGAAAGGAUCCUGUAGUUUGCCAAGAAAGACGACGAGUAAACUCUGGAAGUAAACCUGUACGGCUCGAAAGCGGGACUAUCGUCGGAAUACAAACACUUUUAUUGCUCUGGCUUCAUUUCAUCUUCAUUCGUUUUGAUUUGGAGGAAACAUGGCACGAAUGCUGAGCAAGGAGCUGCCGGAUAUCGAGACCACUUCAAACAAACGGCGUGCAACCUUGCAGCCUUACAACAACUUCUGCUUUUGAACCUGGCGUAUGCGCCACAGGACGAACAUGGAGGACAAACUGGAAUAGUUAGAAAUAUGGAGAAUAUCCUGGCCUUGAAUCCUCGGGUCCAGACUCACGCUGCGCUCCUCUCUACCGCGACCAAGAAAAUGGAGAAAAAACACUGGAAAAGAAACGCAGAGAAAGGCUGUGAGGGCUGCGUGAAGCUAGAGAACAAUUUUGAUGACAUCAAACACACAACUCUGAGUGAGCGUGGAGCACUUCGGGAAGCGGUGAGAUGUUUGAAGUGUGCAGAUGCACCGUGUCAGAAAAGCUGCCCGACCAAUCUGAACAUAAAGGCCUUCAUUACCAGUAUUGCAAACAAGAAUUAUUAUGGAGCCACUCGGACCAUUCUCUCAGAUAACCCACUGGGUUUGACAUGUGGGAUGGUGUGUCCCACCUCAGACUUGUGUGUCGGGGGGUGUAACUUGUAUGCGUCCGAGGAAGGUCCCAUCAACAUCGGGGGACUGCAACAGUUUGCCACAGAGGUGUUCAAACAAAUGGGAGUUCCUCAGAUACGGAAUCCCGAUCUCCCACCUCCACAUCAGAUUCCUGAGAGCUAUCACUCUAAAAUAGCUCUGAUUGGCUGCGGCCCUGCCAGCAUCAGCUGCGCCACUUUCCUGGCCCGCUUUGGGUACGACGACAUCACCAUUUUCGAGAAGCAGAGGUUCAUUGGAGGACUGAGCUCUUCCGAGAUCCCGCAAUUCCGCUUGCCAUACGAUGUGGUUCAGUUCGAGGUGGAUUUGAUGAAAGACCUGGGAGUGAAGAUUGUCUGUGACCGAGGACUCGGCCAAGAUGGAAUGACGCUUCUCUCGCUGAAGGAGGAGGGAUACAAAGCUGUGUUCAUUGGAAUCGGUCUACCUCAAGCUAACAGACACAAGCUCUUUGAUGGCCUCUCAACAGAACAGGGUUUUUACACAUCGAAGGACUUUCUUCCUCUGGUCACGAAAGCCAGUAAACCAGGGAUGUGUGGCUGUCGCUCAGCGCUGCCGGAGCUCCGUGGUACUGUGAUUGUUCUGGGCGCUGGAGACACGGCCUUUGACUGCGCUACUUCUGCCCUGCGCUGUGGUGCCCGCCGUGUGUUUGUGGUCUUCAGGAAGGGAUUCACCAACAUACGAGCAGUUCCUGAGGAGAUGGAGCUGGCCAAGGAGGAGAAAUGUGAGUUCCUGCCCUUCCUCUCUCCACGUGAGGUGUUGCUAAAGGCAGGCCGGGUGCAUGGAAUGGAGUUCUGCCGAACCGAGCAAACAGAGUCUGGUCAGUGGGUGGAGGAUGAGGAACAGAUCAUACGACUGAAGGCCGACUAUAUCAUCAGUGCUUUCGGCUCUCUGAUGAACGACCCUGCAGUGAUAGGGGCCAUGGCUCCCAUCAGGUUAAACAGAUGGGGGCUUCCUGAGCUGGACCCAGAGAGCAUGCAGACUAGUGAGCCGUGGGUGUUCGCUGGGGGCGAUGUGGCCGGUCUGGCCAAUACCACCGUGGAAGCAGUCAAUGAUGGGAAACAGGCCUCCUGGCACAUGCACAGAUACUUACAGUCCAUCUUUGGGCAGAUGGUGAGCGGCCCGCCCCAGCUGCCCCUCUUCUACUCACCCAUAGACACUGUGGACAUCAGCGUGAGGAUGUGCGGCAUCACGUUCCCCAACCCGUUUGGGCUGGCCAGCGCUCCACCCACCACCAGCGCCGCCAUGAUCCGCAGGGCCUUCGAGCAGGGUUGGGGUUUCGCACUCACCAAAACCUUCUCGUUGGACAAGGAUUUGGUCACCAAUGUGUCUCCACGUAUUGUGCGUGGAACCACUUCCGGACCGCUGUUUGGUCCCGGGCAGGGCUCCUUCCUGAACAUUGAGCUGAUCAGCGAGAAGACGGCUGCCUAUUGGUGCCAGAGUGUGACGGAACUCAAAGCCGACUUUCCUGACAAUAUUGUCAUAUCCAGCAUAAUGUGCAGCUACAACAAAGCUGAUUGGACCGAGCUUGCCAAAAUGGCAGAGGAGUCUGGCGCUGAUGCCCUGGAGCUGAAUCUAUCAUGUCCUCAUGGAAUGGGGGAGAGGGGAAUGGGGCUCGCCUGUGGGCAGGAUCCAGAGCUGGUGCGGAACAUCUGUCGGUGGGUUCGGCAGGCUGUUCGGAUCCCAUUCUUUGCCAAACUCACCCCUAAUGUGACCAACAUCGUGGACAUUGCCAAGGCUGCACAGGAAGGUGGAGCAGAUGGCGUCACAGCCACCAACACGGUUUCGGGGCUGAUGGGACUCAAGGCAGACGGCUCUCCUUGGCCUGGCAUCGGCCGAGGAAGGCGCACCACAUAUGGUGGAGUGUCUGGAAAUGCCAUCCGGCCAAUCGCAUUGCGAGCAGUAUCCGCCAUAGCAAAAGCUCUUCCCGGUUUUCCCAUUCUGGCCACCGGGGGCAUUGAUUCUGCAGAAUCCGGAUUGCAGUUCCUUCAUGCAGGUGCCACAGUGUUACAGGUGUGCAGUGCAGUACAAAACCAGGACUUCACGGUGAUCGAAGACUACUGCACCGGUCUGAAAGCCCUGCUCUACCUCAGAAGCCUUGAGGAGCUCCAGGACUGGGACGGUCAGUCGCCUCCAACAGCCCGCCAUCUCAAAGGAAAGCCUGUGGCCUCACUGAAGGAAGCCAAAGGAAGGUGUCUACCCAGUUUUGGCCCAUACCUGCAGGAAAAGAAGGAAGCGAUUGCAAACCACAAAAAGAAACUGAGAGACUUCAGUGACGACACUGUUUCCACAGAAGGAACGAGAGUUUACACUCCCAAGGGUCCUGUGCCAAGAGUUAAAGACGUGAUAGCCAAAGCUCUGCAACACAUCGGUGCCUAUCAAGAGCUCAACAUUGAGGAGCAAGUGCAAGCCCUGAUCGAUCCGGAGAUGUGCGUUAACUGUGGGAAGUGUUACAUGACCUGUAACGACGCUGGAUACCAGGCCAUUGUGUUUGACCCCGAGACUCAUCUCCCCACGAUUCAGGACAGCUGCACCGGCUGUACUCUGUGCCUCAGUGUCUGCCCCAUCAUCGACUGCAUCAAGAUGGUUGCCAGGACAACGCCUUACAUGCCAAAGCGAGGCCUCCCUCAAGCCGUGGAGCCCGUGUGCUGAGAGAAAACCCCAGACAAAAAAAAAAUAAAAAAUAUAUAUAUCUCUA